AUUUUCCAAUAGCUCUUCAGAUCCACAAUUAGUAGAAGAUUUCAAAACAGAAGGCAAAAUGUUCGAUCGAAAACUUUUCGCAGUAUUAUUCAUUGCUUUUACAUUUUCCGAGCUCCUGGUUGAAAAUGUGCUUGGAUUUGUUGGAAAAGUUCCCAAAUAUGAUAUGACACGUCAUAGCUAUUCGCCUUUAGACUUCAAACCACCGCCAGAAGAUCCCGUUCUUGCAGCGAAUAUGGUGAACGAAAUUAAGAGACAAAUCAAUAAAAAUAAAGCUUCGAAAGGCAGAAGAACUGGUGCGGCUCAACCAUCUCCAUCUUCAUUUGCGUCAGCAAACAACAAUUACAGAGACAAUCAUUACGAUGAUGACUAUGUGCGGGGUCGAGACAACCACAGAGACAAUCAUUAUGAUGACCGGAUAAGAGAUCGAAAUGGCGAGUUCGUGCGAGAUCGAAACGGUGAUUAUGUUAGAAGUCGAAAUGAUAACUAUGCCAGAGAUGAUGAUCGCAUACGCGGUGACUACGUGCGGGAUCGAAAUGGUGAUGUCAUAAGAGGUCGGAAUGAUUAUGAUAGAGAUCACUAUGACGAUCGUAGUAGAGGACAUACCGGCAACUAUAUACGACAAUAUGAUGAUCGUUCCCACGUUGAAAACAGCAGAGGACCUAGUGUCAGUCAAAUAACGAGCAAACUAGAGAAAAACAUAAGAAACCAAUUUGGCGAUGUUGUUGAUCGGGUUAAUAAACCGACGAAAGAGGGCAUUGUCGAUAUUCCAUACGCUCCGGACAGAGAAAUUGUCGAUAAAAUUGAUGGACAUAUGAGAAAGCAUGUGGUUCCCGAGGUUAAAGUUCGCAUAAAUUUCAAUGAACCGUCGAAAAAGCAAGCUGAUCCAUCGGAACUUUCGUUUAGUGAACGUCGUUCGAUGUAUAACUCGCGAUAGGAAUUUUUACAAUGUUUUGCAUUUUUUUUGGCAAAUCAGUGACAAAAUACAACAAAUAUUGUGGAGUAUUAAAACAUGACCGAAAGAACUGAAAAAAUAAGGGCAAGUACCAAAAAACACUAAUAAGAACGUAAAAUGAUAGGAAAAACGAAAUGAAAUGGUAACAUUCGUACGUGUCGGAAUUUCUUUGGUACUUUUGGUCAUGCGUUUAAUGCUCAUCGGUAUUUUGGUACUGAUUUUGGUCCAAAUUUUGUACUGUAUUUUCAAUGGUUUUUUGUUACAUAUCUUUAGUACUGUUAUUACUAUUUUAAUUGAUUGAAUAAACUGAAAUGAAAACGAACACAGAA